GGCCCGCCCCGCCGGCUUGCUUCCCCGCCCGGAGCGCGCGCGAGGACGGCUGAGGCCGCAGGAGUGAUUGGAAGAACAAUGCAUGUAAGUCAUUGACACCAUGAUAUCCAUCAGGCAAAGAAAAGGAACAAAAACUUCUGAAGUUUCUGAGGAUUAUGCAGCACAAGAAGAAAAUGUGAAAUUGGAAAAUGAGUUGCCAUCUGGUUUUACCAGUAGAAGAUUAUGGAAGAUCCUGUCAUUUACAAUUGGUGGAGCCACUGCCCUUUGCAUUGGACUUCUUACAUCUGUCUACCUGGCCACUUUACAUGAAAACGAUUUAUGGUUUUCUAAUAUUAAGGAAGUGGAGCGAGAAAUCUCAUUCAGAACAGAAUGUGGAUUAUAUUACUCGUACUACAAGCAAAUGCUGCAGGCUCCAACUCUCACACAAGGUUUUCAUGGCUUAAUAUAUGAUAACAAAACUGAAUCUAUGAAGACAAUUAACCUCCUGCAACGAAUGAAUAUUUACCAAGAGGUUUUUCUCAGUAUUUUAUAUAGAAUUCUACCCAUACAGAAAUACUUAGAGCCAGUUUAUUUUUAUAUUUACACUUUGUUUGGUCUCCAAGCGAUCUAUGUCACAGCUCUGUACAUAACCAGCUGGCUCCUCAGUGGCACGUGGCUGUCAGGACUGUUGGCAGCUUUCUGGUAUGUCACAAAUAGAAUAGAUACUACAAGAGUGGAGUUUACCAUCCCACUGAGGGAGAAUUGGGCGCUGCCAUUCUUUGCCAUUCAGAUAGCAGCAAUUACAUAUUUUCUGAGACCAAAAUUGCAGCCUCUUUCUGAGAGGCUGACACUUCUUGCCAUUUUCAUAUCAACUUUUCUCUUUAGCCUGACAUGGCAAUUUAAUCAAUUUAUGAUGCUGAUGCAAGCAUUAGUGCUGUUCACUCUGGACUCCUUGGACAUGCUGCCGGCAGUAAAGGCGACAUGGCUGUAUGGUAUACAGAUAACAGGUUUACUCCUGGUCUGCAUUCUUCAGUUUUUUAAUUCCAUGAUUCUUGGAUCAUUGCUUAUCAGUUUUAACUUUUCAGUAUUAAUUGCAAGAAAACUUCAGAAAAAUCUGAAAACUGGAAGCUUCUUUAAUAGGCUUGGAAAACUUUUGUUGCACUUAUUUGUGGUUUUAUGUUUCACACUCUUUCUCAACAACAUUGCUAAGAAAAUUCUUAACCUGAAAUCAGAUGAACACAUAUUUAAAUUCCUGAAGGCAAAAUUUGGGUUUGGAGCAACAAGAGAUUUUGAUGCAAAUCUGUAUCUUUGUGAAGAAGCUUUUGGCCUCCUGCCUCUUAAUACAUUUGAAAGGCUUUCAGAUACUCUGCUUUUCUAUGCUUACAUAUUUGUUCUAUCCAUCACAGUGGUUGCAGCAUUAGCUGUUGCCUUCCACAAUCUCAGUGAUUCGACAAGUAAUCAGCAACCUAUGGGUCCAAUGGCAACUUGCACAAUUGGCCUAAAGCCAGAAACUGCCUACAACCUCAUACACACCAUCCUGUUUGGAGUCUUGGCUUUGAGCACAAUGAGAAUGAAGUACCUCUGGACGUCACACAUGUGCGUGUUUGCGUCAUUUGGUUUAUGCAGCCCUGAAAUUUGGGAGUUACUUCUGAAGUUGGUCCACCUUUAUAAUCCAAAGUGGAUAUGUGUAAUGCGAUACUCAGUACCGAUAUUAAUACUGCUGUAUCUGUGCUGUAAGUUCUGGCCAGGAAUGAUGGAUGAACUCUCCGAGUUGAGAGAAUUCUACGAUCCAGAUACAGUGGAGCUGAUGAAUUGGAUUAACUCUAACACCCCGAGAAAGGCUGUGUUUGCUGGCAGCAUGCAGUUGCUGGCCGGGGUCAAGCUGUGCACUGGCAGGACCCUAACCAACCACCCGCACUAUGAAGACAACAGCCUGCGAGAGCGGACCAAAGCGGUUUAUCAGAUAUAUGCAAAGCGGUCUCCAGAGGACGUGCAUGCGCUCCUCAGGUCUUUCGGCACCGACUAUGUCAUCCUGGAGGACAGCAUCUGCUACGAGCGGCGGCACCGCCGGGGCUGCCGGCUGCGGGACCUGCUGGACGUCGCCAACGGACACAUGAUGGAUGGCCCAGGAGAGAAUGAUCCUGACUUGAAACUUGCAGGCCACCCUCGUUUCUGUGAAGAGAUCAAAAGAAACCUGCCUCCCUACACCGCGUACUUCACCAGAGUGUUUCAGAACAAAACAUUCCACGUUUACAAGCUUUCCAGAAGCAAGUAACAAAGCUUCCUGUUCAAUCUCUAUUUUUCAUACCUGAAACUUCAUCAUAAUGAGACUCAGUAGAUAAUGUUUCAUAUGUGAUUGGAUAGCCCUUACCUUAAAGCUGUGACAUGAAUAAGUUCUACAGAUGUUUACACAAGCAUUGCCAUCUUUGAAAGUAUCUUAUACAAAUGUGUCUUUUUCUGUCUAGUCUCCAUGGAUAUUCUCUAGCCUAAAUGUUCUCAGCUUUCUAAGAUUGAUCUAGAAAGUUGUCUUUGGGAAGAACCGUAUGUGUCCAUAGAUGCCCUGAAUAGCCAUGUAUCAUGUUGACAAUUCAGAGCCUGUUUGGGGUAUGAAAUACUCAUAAUUUUUGUUUGACUUACGACAACCACAUGUGGUUGAAUUGAAUUGAGAGAAUGCAUAAUUAGAUUAUUUAAUACUAUUUCACUAGUGAAGACCAAUUGGUGUCUUUUUUAAAAAAGCUUUUUAUUGUCCUGUUUCACCUAAACAUUUUAUAAUGUUUUCCAAUUUUCAUGCUUUUAAUAUUUCCCCAAAAAUCAUGUUAAGCCUGUGUAUGAAUCUCAAAUUUUGUUGUGCUCUGUCCGAAAUAUAGUGUAUCAUGUAUUAAGUUGUGCGUGUGCAUUUGUGUGCACACAUGUGUGUGCAUGUUUUAAUGCUGGACACCGAAAAGUGUUACAAGUUCCGUAUUGUAAGUCUUAAAGGGACUGAAAUGUUAUGUAGCCACGUGAAAUUUGUUAGUGUUCUGUGUUAUUAUUUUGAAGCCUACUGAUACUACUUAACCUAUCCUGCAGCAAGUAAGAUAAUUUUUCUUUAUUUCUUACUCAUUUAAAUUUACUGGGUUUGCAAAAUUUUGUAAACUUUUUGCUUUUAGCCUUUGUAUUUUUUUAUAGCCUAGACCCUUGCAAAGUCUAAAUACUUUUUAAAUGUUGUAUCUUAAUGAAUCCACUUAUACAAUAUUUUUGGCAAAGAGCAUUUUCAUACCAAGUUUGACUGUGGUCUCCAAUCUUACUACGAGGGCCCUAGUAGUAUCAUUUUUUUUCCUUACUCAAAGGUAACCAAGUGCCUCUAAGUCAUACUGAUUUGUAAACAACAAAGAGGAUGUGUGUACCUGCUCAAAAUUUUUUGAUAAUUGCUUUUAUAAUUAAUUUCUAGUGCAGAAGACUUGCAAAAGUUGCUGAUAAAAGUUUAUUGUGCAUUUAAUUAAAUCAAAAUGCCUAAGGAAAUUAACUUUCUACCCUGUUCUUGCCAAUUGGAAAUGAUUUAAAUGUUUUUCCUUGCCAUUGUAGUAAAGUAAAUGACUGUAGACAUCAAGAUCAAUCUAUCACAUGUUCAAAUGAUUUUAUAUUUAGUUACUACAUAUUAAGCAGCAUUCAGAAAAAAAAUUUGCACUUUCAUAUUGAACUCAAGGAUACUUGGCUUUUAUCAAAACGUAUUUAAAUAAAAAUUUGACAGUAGCUGGGUUAUUAAAUUAUGCAACUGAAACUCCUGAAUUAUAUCUUUCCUGAAUCCCUUUAAUAAGGUUGGAGACCACUGCAGUUUAGGCUAAUACAAUAAUAAAACAUUUUAAUCAGCACUAAAACUUUAAUGAAGCCAGUAAUGAUGCAUGCCUGUUGUAGCUGACAGCAUGGGUCAGUACAUCCUUCAGCGAGUGCCUUACUCUAAUUGAGACUAAGCACAUGUAAGGUACAACAUUUUAGACUCUGUAGUUUCAUUUUUAAAAUCCUCCUUUUCCUUCUCCGACAUAUUUCAGUUUGUUUUAAAUAUUCCUAUAUGCAUCAAUCUAAAUAUUUGGGUAUUUGGAUUCUCAAUAUAUAUGAGAGACGCACUUAAACUUUUAUGCUUAUCAUCAACACAUUGAUGGCAUACGGUAAUCUUUUUAUCAUAGUCUAGCUGCCAUUGUUGCCACAACAUUUAGUGUUUAGUCUUUAAUAAAAAAUAUAAAGUGCCAGAAAAAAAAUUUUUGCAAGACAGAAUCCAUACCUACACUCUCCAGGACACUGUGACCAUGUACAGUAGACAUUUUUAUUUCCUAAUGACCAAAUCUUUUAAUGAAUCAUGUGAAAUAUUUUUAGUGCUUGUCAGUGUUCUCUUUUAUGACUUCUCUCUGGAGUAGAGAGAAGGAAAAAGAAGAAAAGCGACUGACUCCUGGCUCUUUACCAAGCCAAAGCAAGUGACCUGUGACCUAAGCUCCCUGCUGCGCAGAUCUUGGUGGCUGUGUUGAUGUCAGGCAAUAGCCUCAAAUUGUAUGUUUUUUACAGAUAGAAUAACUUGAAUUUGCUUCAGAAUUAGCAUUCGGAAGAACCUCUAAGUAAAUAAGUGCUCUUAAUUAACCUUUACUUACAGGACUCUCCAGACCCGUUGGUAGCCUCCAUCCUCCUGUAAGCUGAAGCCCUUGCUGGAGGGCUGCUCCCUGGUAUUCUCUCACACACCUCUGCUCCCUCUCUUGAGUUCGAGGUCCAUAGCAAACUUCUCUGUGCCAGUUCUGCUUCUUACUGUAAGGACACAAUUCACCAUACACCAAGGAAAUAUGAAUGUAAAAAUGAAAGGGUUAUUUCUGCAAAAAUUAAUUUGAAUGCUUUGGCAAAAUUUGGUAAAGGUUGAGUUUCUAAUAAAAAUUGCUUUAAUGUAGCCGUGGUUGGGAAAAUUACAAAAUUUUGGGAAAACAGAAUUCAAGAAAAUUUCUGAGCUUAGAUUGCAUCAUACAUUUAUAUAAGUACUCAUUGCACCUUUAAAAACUCUUGACUGAUCAGAGGGUAUUAAAAUAUACCCAAAUCAUUUAAUUAGUCUGAUUUAUGUAAGACUAGAACUGUAACCGUUAGACUCUUGUGCAAAGGAAAGGUCUUGGCUUUAUAUCAAAAGAUUAGCAAAUGCAUGUGCAAUUGUGCACUUAAACUUAUGCUUCCCUGUUUUAACCUACUUGCUUCAUUAAAUGACCAACUACUGAUACUGAUCACAGUGGCUAAUAAGGAUUCUAUAAUAGCCGAAAGGUUCCAGUCACUUUUAAUACAGACUUUUAAAAAAUAGGAAUUCAUUUCAGAUAUACUAGCCAGGAGCAUAAUUACAUGCUACGUAGGCCAUUUAUUGUUCACUUAGAGAUGAUUUAUUGACCCUUGUGAGAUCAAUUGAUAAAGUGUGUGUGUGUGUGUGUGUGUGUGUGUGUGUGUGUUUUGGGUGGGGGGAUUCUGCCAGGUGUUGAAGAUAUAUGUAAAUAUUUCAUCUUGUCUGUAUCUUCACAAUUAACUAAAAGUGUUUAUUAUGAUUCCACAUGAACUUUGUCUAAGAUAUAACAAUUUUAAGUCAUCUUUGGCCAAAACCUACCUGAAUGGACAUAAAAAUAUUCCAUUUUUAAAAUUUCAUUUAAACCUUGGAAUUAAUUGGAACAUAUUAAAAUAUUCUCAGAUCAUGUAUCUUGAUUAAUAUGCUCCCAGAUACUUUAUAUAUGACAACCUUUUGGCCUAGAAGAGAUUGUUCAUCUGGUCAUGCAGAAAGCUUUUUAAAUGAGCGUGUGGCUUACUUUCUUGUGCAAUUGAUUUUCUGUAUUUAAUAUCCUAUAGGUAAAAUCUGACAAAGAGCUUUUAUAACUUGUUGUACUGGAUUGUAUGGAGAUUGUAUACUAAAUAAAGCUCUUUUUAAGUUAGACAAGAUGUCUUUCAUUUCUUUGAAUGUCAAAACCCAAGGAACUGAAUUAUUAAAAUGUAUUAAAUAUGCACUAAAUAGUAUAUGGUCACUAAAGAUGAAUAUGGCAAGGUCUACAUUAGUCUUGCUAAUGUUAAAGGACUUGGAGAGUUUUGUGGGUUGUUUUUUUUUUUUUUUUCAUGGAAUUUGGUUUUAUAACUACCUGUUUGUUUCACUUGAACCUCAAAGUUAUAGUUUAAA